AUGGAUGUUAAUGCAGACUUUGUGGACUCCAUCUAUGACGCUACCGAGAAUCUCGUCCGCGAUCGAUGUGAUCUGGUGCUGCUUCGGCUGGGCCCCUAUUCGCCAAUGUUCAAUCCCAUCGAAGGCUGCUUCAGCGCCUUGAAAGCACGCAUCAAAGCUUACCGUUCGCUCAGCCACGAGGAGAUGAUGAAUGUUCCCUACGGUCAGAAGACCGAGCUGCGAAUGCAGCUACUCGAGAAGGCAGUCGAGCAUGCGAUGUCAUGUAUGGAUCACCGUCUGGUCAAUAAAAUGGCUCGCCACUGUGCGCUGUCCGUGGCGGCCGGCAUCCGCGGCGAGCCCAUGGAGUACGGGACUUGA